AUGGUUACCCAGGCCGAGUACCUCACUGGCAAUAAAGAGGGUAUAGAGGAAUUCAUAAGUAGAUUCGAUGUCUUCCUGUUUGACUGCGAUGGCGUCUUAUGGUCUGGAGAGCAUCUAUUCGAAGGAACAGUCGAGACCCUCGAGCUGCUGCGCAGUAAAGGCAAGCAAGUCGUCUUCGUCACAAACAACAGCACAAAGUCUCGCGCCGACUACAAGCAAAAGCUUACAAGCAUGGGAAUCCCGGCUACUGUUGAUGAAGUUUUUGGCUCUUCCUAUAGCGCCGCAAUCUACAUCUCCCGCAUCCUCCAAUUGCCUUCGAACAAGAAAACCGUCUUUGUUCUUGGCGAAGCGGGUAUAGAGACUGAGCUCGACGGCGAAAAGGUUCCCCGCAUCGGCGGUACAGACCCUUCUUUAAAUCGGCUGAUAGGGAAAGACGAUUACGCCGACAUUGCAUCCGGGACAUCUCUAGACCCUUCUGUCGGCGUGGUAUUGUGCGGUCUUGAUUUCCACCUCAACUAUCUGAAGCUCAGCCUGGCCUUCCACUAUCUCCGCCACGGCGCCGUCUUCCUCGCUACAAACAUUGACACCACCUUACCCUCAUCAUCCACUCUGUUUCCUGGCGCAGGUGCCUGCUCAGCACCUUUGGUGGCUAUGCUGGGAGGCAAACAGCCGACGAGUCUGGGCAAACCGAGUCAAGCCAUGAUGGAUGCUAUUGAGGGGAAAUUCCAAUUCGACAGGCAAAGAGCCUGCAUGAUAGGGGAUCGGCUGGACACCGAUAUCCAGUUUGGGAUCGAGGGGGGCUUGGGUGGAACGUUGUGUGUGCUUACGGGUGUUACGAAGGGGAAACAGGAUUGGGAGGAUGGGAAGAUUGUACCCACGGCUUGGGUGGAUAAAUUAGGCGAUCUAAGGGAGGGCGCCUGA